GAAUCUGCAGGCAAAAUAAGAAACCCAAAAGAAUAAUUUGUGAGCUUGAAGAGUGCCUUCGCUUCUUAUUCGCGGCCAUCGACACUCUCUAGUCUCUUAUCAUUUUGGUCCUCGGCCCCACCCUCAGCUUGUGCUGGCGCCGCCGUGAUCAAAUGUCCCGCGCGUUCGACUUGACUCUACGAUGGGCCUCGAAAAAAGCAGUGGCUUUCCUGUGUCUCUUAUAGAACGGUGCCAGCGGACGGUUUGGAUUUGUCAUCCGUGGCCCUGAUUUAUUGCGGCAACCAUUUUCAUGUUUGAUGUGCCGAACUGUUGCGGAUCCUGAUGGAAAGACGGUGCAGGAGCAACCGAAAACCAUCGCUAAAACAGGAUGAGGCUCUUAUUUCGCCGGAUCAAAGUGUUCCGUCAAGAGCCAUGCCCAAUCGCCCGUUUUGAUUGGCGUUUUGAUAUGGCAUCAGCGAUGACGCAAAUGAAGAAAGGAUCGAUCCUGAAAAAAUUGAAAAUUUCGCCGACGUCAAACUGUUGGUGAUCCUGGCCGCCCGGUGUUUGCAUCGAGAUUCGCACGAAACCGACGAGACUAAAAGUGACGGAAUUGUCCAAUAGAUGAGAAUUAAUGCCGUGCUGUGUACGCGAUGGAACGAGUUUUGCUCUACAAUUUCAUUUACAACGGACGAUUUAUUAGGUGCGUUUGCUUUAGCGGAAGAGAGCUGCUCAAGUUAACUGAUAAGUAUAACGUAUACAGACUAACGACCUUGACUGAAACCUAAUCUGUCGAGUCGCCUGAGGCAAGAAAAUUGACGCCACUACAGAUGCUAAGCAUUGCCAAUAUUUUUAAGACACCGGAAUCACAGCAUCAGUUUCAUCGUCCCAAAUGAGCGCUAAUCAUCGCAAUUUUGGCUUGGAAGUGUGGAGAGCGGUGAGAGUGAUGUGAAGAGUGAUCGCAGCGGGGAGGGACUUAAGUCCGUGAGUCCCGACAAUUUUUUUCUCCUUCCAGCAUUGGGUUGAAUCAAUUGCGUUUGUGGCAAAUUGCCGACAGUUAUAAGAAUUGUCUGGUUCCUUCAAUAAGUCGGAUUGAAACCUGAACUCUUUAUUAUGGAUUCCCCUGGAGUCAACUGCGUCGAUCGCCAUAAGGAAAAGGAUCCCAGUCGAGUCAUCUGGGAAAGAGAAUAAACCUGCUAGACAAGAGGAGCGGGUCACCACCUACGAAGUGGGAAAAAAGGUGACCGAGUGGCAAUUUAAAUGCCACCUUGUCCGCUCAUUGUCGCCUCAAUGCUCGCUUCUAUGUACCCGUGUCGGAGCCGUCCAUUCCGUAUAGUCUUUGCCGGAUGCAGUGCGGAAGCGAUGGCCAGUCGCAUCAAUGACCCUGAAUCUAAGGUAGUGAUUACUGCUGCAGUUGAAAAGUGUCCGACGGGAAUUCCUGAAAGGGAUUGUUCAUUCCCAAUCUGGCUAUCUUCUUUAUGCGUCGUUGACACAUUAUAUAGUUUAAAUAGGUAUUAGUGGUUUAGAUAGUAGUUUUUCGAUUGUAAAAAAGGAGACAUUUUUGGUUGCGUGGCGGACAUUGGAUGGAUCACGGCCCAUAGGCUAUAUCCUUAAGUCGCGUUCGUUUGGCCAACGGAGUCACGACUCUUUUGUUCCAGAGCACGCCAACAUAUCCCAAUCCAGGUCGAUAUUGGGAGGCUGUCCAGCGUCCAAAAAUUAAUCAAUCCUACCGCCAUUCGAUUGUUAUUGAAAUUCGGCGACCGACAUGAAAACAAAACAAAUAUCGAUAUAAAUUAUUGAUUCAAAUUGAUUUUCAAUUUGCGUUAUUGAUUUCAUUUUUAUUUUUUCGUUUCAUAUAACUCCCAAACUAAAACUUAUUUGAAAUCCUUCGGCCUUUGCACAGUAAGAUUCGCCUUUGAUUUUAAUUUCUAAUUUCCCGCUCUUGAUGCGCUCUGAACUUGAACGAAAGUUUUGCGUUGACAUGUAUAUAGAACUUUCAAAUAGAUUGGUCACAUUAGCUGAUAAUACUUGAACAUAAUAAAGUAAUACAGUUAUAUAUCCUUUUAGACUUUACCAGAAAUGAUUUCUAAAUGAGUGCCGUUUCGCUUCGGAUAAUUUUGAAAUUGCCAACGUACCGACCCCUUUAAAUAAUGCAUAAGACACAUUGUUCUUACGUACAGUAAAUUCUGUUUUACAUUUCCACUAUAGCAACAGGAUUAUAUCUAUAAUUAAUACUGAGUGGUUCUCGAAUUGUUUAAUUGUCCCACAACGGAACGAACAACUCAGCUCGUCGAAUGGAAUCUCGAAACAUUGAGCGGAUAAAACAGCUGGAUAAAAUAACGUCACCCAAUAUCCCGCAAUAAGUACUAUAUAAAUCUAUUGUUUCCACUGAGAAGCGGUUCAGUAUAGGACGCGAGAUACUACCUUGCCAAGAGUAUAUCCAGCAAUUGAACUCUGCAAUGUUUUCCAUCAAAAGACUGUUUGAAUAUCCGUCGCUUUGUUACGUAAUCUUUUUUGGCGUGUUAUUUUAUCUGAUUAUUCCGGUGAGUCUGGAAGAAGAGCAUCAAGCGCAUUCUAAUCACACUCUCUUCAAGCACAUUUUAAUAUCCUCUACAAGGAGACCGUUGCUAAAUAAUCCCGAACUUUCGAUCGUCAGCGCCGGAAUAAUGGAGAAAAUUGUCCUCGAUAUUUUGUCGAAUCACAUGCGCUUUACAUAUGAGAUUAUUCCUCCGUCGGACAUUUUGUCAUCCGGUUUCCUACAACGGAACGGUUCGUGGACCGGUACAACCGGGCAGCUCCAACGCCGGGAAGUUGAUAUGUGCGUAACUUGGGGUGCACCAUCGAUAGCCAAAGCUUCGGUUAUGGACGUGUCUUACCCAGUGGUCUAUGUUGAUUCUUCUAUAAUGAUUCCGUUUCCUAGGCAGAAAAGUAGAAUUUGGGUUCAAGAAACAACUUUCGAGGGCCUGUCGGGGAUAAUGAUCGGAGCGGCUUUUACUUUCAUGAUCGUUGCAACUUGGAUUACUCAUCGAAUUACUUAUUCAAGACUGGGACGCACCAGUCCCAGUGUAUUUCACUGGACAUUUAUCUUUGUCAGCAUAUGGGCAUCUCAAGGACUCACGCUGAGAAAUCAAUCGUCAUCAUUUCGUAUGACUUUCUUCGUUUCCGUCUUCGGAGUUUUCAUCAUCACGAAUUAUUUUACGGCGUCCUACACUUCGUUGCUAUCCAUUCCCAUUUUCAAACCGAUCGUCAACUCCAUCGAAGAUUUGGCAACCAGCGAUUCAGUCAAGACUCUUCUCAUCAAAGGAUCUAGCACAGAUGAGUACAUUAUGUCUUCAACCGAUCCGGCAUUAAAGAAGAUUGGCGACCAAAUGCGACGUUAUCCUGAGAGAAGAAUCCUCAACGCGUACACCGUUGAAGACAUUUCAACGGUCGUCAAAGAAGAUUCUGCUCUUAUAAUCGUGAAUAGAUUGGAUAAGUUUGAGCAGAAUAACGCCUUUAGUAAUUAAU